GCCGCGGCGACCGCGCGCGGGGAGGAGGGCUGGGAGCGCCCCAGCUGCGCCGAACUCGCCGGGGACGUCGGGCUCCGGCUCCCUGGCUGGCUCAUCGCUCUGACCGGCUCCCUGCGCCUCCUCCCGGGACUGCGCGGGGACCCGGGCCCGAUCGGGCGCGGGGCGAGCAGGGUCCCCGGGCGGGAGGCGCGCGCUCUGGGCAGCGCCCGGCCCCGGGCAUGGACAGAGAGAGCUGGGCGCGCAGGGGGCGCCGCGGGACCGGGCGGCCGGAGCGCUGAGCCAGACAAAGGCUCGGGAGUUGCAAUUGCUCUCGGGAGCCGGGCCCCGGGCGCCCAGGCUGCGGGACCCGGCGGCUGGCGGCUCUGGCCGGCCCUCUCCCCCGUGGGCCGGCUCCGCGUGCCCGGAUCUGCCCUGCCCGCUUCUCCGCGGGCGUGGGAAUUUGCCGAGGGGACCUCUGCGGCUUCGGCGGGGACCGGGACCGGGAGUCCGUCUGCCGCGCGCCCGCCGGGCGGGGAGCCAGGGAGCGUCGCAAGUUUCCGAGCCGCGUGAAGGGACACGGAGCGGGCGAGCCCCGCGUGCGGCGCUCCCGGCCGGGCUGGCCGCGCCGAGCAUGGGCAGCGAACGGAGCGCGCCCGGACGGCCGUCCUGGGCGGGCAGCCUCCCUGGCGGCCGGGAGGCGGCGGCGCGGCCGCGACUGCUGCCGCUGCUCCUGAUGGCUCUGGGCUGCCUGGGCCCCGGCGCAGCGGAGGACGCAGAAGUCAAUGCCGAGAACUGGCUGCGACUCUACGGCUACCUGCCUCAGCCCAGCCGCCACAUGUCCACCAUGCGCUCGGCCCAGAUCCUGGCCUCAGCCCUCUCCGAAAUGCAGCGCUUCUACGGGAUCCCUGUCACCGGCGUGCUUGACGAGGAGACCAAGACCAUCCAGAACUACACGGAGAAGCUGGGCUGGUACCACUCGCUGGAGGCGGUGCGCAGGGCCUUUCGCGUGUGGGAGCAGGCCACGCCCCUGGUCUUCCAGGAGGUGCCCUACCAGGACAUCAGGCUGCGGAGACAGAAGGAGGCUGACAUCAUGGUCCUCUUUGCCUCCGGCUUCCAUGGCGACAGCUCACCCUUUGAUGGCACAGGCGGCUUUCUUGCCCACGCCUACUUCCCGGGCCCUGGUCUGGGUGGGGACACCCAUUUCGAUGCAGAUGAGCCCUGGACCUUCUCCAGCACCGACAUGCAUGGGAACAGUCUCUUCCUGGUGGCAGUGCACGAGCUGGGCCACGCGCUGGGGCUGGAGCACUCCAGCAACCCCACCGCCAUCAUGGCGCCAUUCUACCAGUGGAUGGACAUCGACAACUUCCAGCUGCCCGAGGACGACCUCCGGGGCAUCCAGCAGCUGUACGGCUCCCCAGACGGCCGGCCGCAACCCACCCGGCCCCUCCCCACAGUGACACCCCGGCGGCCAGGCCGGCCAGACCAGCGGCCCCCCAGACCUCCCCAGCCUCCACCCCCAGACGGGAAGCCGGAGCGGCCCCCAAGGCCAGGCCCCCCAGUCCAGCCCCGAGCCACGGAGCGGCCUGACCAGUAUGGCCCCAACAUCUGCGACGGGGACUUUGACACGGUGGCCAUGCUGCGUGGGGAGAUGUUUGUGUUCAAGGGCCGCUGGUUCUGGCGGGUUCGGCACAACCGCGUCCUGGACAACUAUCCGAUGCCCAUUGGGCACUUCUGGCGAGGUCUGCCCAGCGACAUCAGCGCUGCCUACGAGCGCCAGGACGGCCGUUUUGUCUUCUUCAAAGGCGACCGCUACUGGCUCUUCCGAGAGGCAAACCUGGAGCCCGGCUACCCACAGCCGCUGACCAGCUAUGGCCUGGGCAUCCCCUACGACCGCAUCGACACGGCCAUCUGGUGGGAGCCCACGGGGCACACCUUCUUCUUCCAGGAGGACAGGUACUGGCGCUUCAAUGAGGAGACGCAGCGGGGAGACCCCGGCUACCCCAAGCCCAUCAGUGUCUGGCAGGGGAUCCCCGUCUCCCCCAGAGGAGCCUUCCUGAGCAACGAUGCAGCCUACACCUACUUCUACAAGGGCACCCGAUACUGGAAGUUCGACAACGACCGCCUGCGGAUGGAGCCCGGCUACCCCAAGUCCAUCCUGCGGGACUUCAUGGGCUGCGAAGAGCCGGGACCCCGAUGGCCCGACGUCGCCCGCCCGCCCUUCAACCCCGACCCCGAGGCAGGCGCAGAGCCAGGGGCCGGCGGGGACGGCCAGGAGGGUGACGGGGGCCGCGAGGCCGGGGCCGGGCCGGAGGAGGACGGGGGCAGCCGAGUGGUGGUGCAGAUGGAGGAGGUGACGCGGACGGUGAACAUGGUGAUGGUGCUGGUGCCCCCGCUGCUGCUGCUGCUGUGCAUCCUGGGCCUCACGUACGCCCUGGUGCAGAUGCAGCGCAAGGGCGCGCCCCGCAUGCUCCUGUACUGCAAGCGCUCCCUGCAGGAGUGGGUCUGAGCCGCCUCCUGCUCCUCACGGUGCUAGGGCCAGGCUGGUUCUGAGACUGCCCCUGGGGCACCCGGUGAGAGCCUCCCGUGGCUCCCUCAGCCCCUGGGUGGGGCCCCCCAGGCCCUCCAACAUCCCUGCCAGCCCUGCCCCCAUGGUUUAUUUAUGCCCAGGGUUUUUUUUGUUUGGUUUUUGCACACUAACUGAGCAUUGGUUUCUACUUUCCUGGCCUGGGCCAGUCCCUCAGGGCAGGGGGUAGAGCUUUCUAAAUGGAGUUUAGCUCCAGACCUGGAAUGAGGCCCCACCCACCUUUGGCGAGGCCACAGCCAGCAGAGGGGAGGGUCAGAAGGCGCAGGUGGGAGCCUGGCUGAGCUGGGGAGGUUCUGCCCGCAGCCUGAGCCCCAGAACCUGACCGGGAGCUCCCCUGGCCUCCGCCCACCUACGUCUUUCUCUGCCUUAGGAACAGCGAAGUGGGUGUAGGCUGCCAGGGCCACCCCAAGUCAGGGCGGCAGGAGGGGGAGGUGACCCUGGCUGUGAGUCCAUGUUGAGUUUGGUUCCUUCCCAACCAACCCCAGCAGCCUGAGCUCCUUGUGCCUAAGAACCCUACCUGCCCCUGGCCAGGGAGGGGCCGGCAGCCCCCAGCUCCCACGUACCCCUUCAGCCCAUACCUCCUUAUCUGUCUAGAGACGGGGUUCUGGGCCCGCCUUACCAAGGACCAAAGGGCGUCUGCCAAGGCCCCUCCAGCCAGGAGCCUCGCCUCCCUGGCUGGGCCUCCAGCCCCCAGUCCGCCUUCUCUUCUCUGAGCUAUAGGACCCACCUGGGCCCCUUCCCUGGGCCUAGUCCCAUCCUCUCUCGCCCACACCUCCAUCCUCAGGGGUCUCGGAACCCCACCAGCCUCAGGCUCCAGCUACCAGUUGGCCAGCUCUCCUGGGAGAGAGGGGGCUGAUGGGUGCCUAGGCUGGGGCGCUGGAGUAGCAGAGCAUGCCCACCUGUGUGGGUGCCCACAACCCAGCAUGCACCAGGCUUGGAGGGGGUUUCUCCCCUGCAACUCCCUUCCCCCCCCCCCCCCCCCCCCCCCCGCCCUGGUGGGAGAGGCCAGUGGGAGCCCUGGGGCCUGGAGGCUGCCGGGCUCAGCCUUGAGGGCGAGCUGCUCCCUUCUUUUCCUUCCCAAACCGAGCAGAGGCGAGGCUGCUGUGGGAAAUGGUACUGUAUAGCCGGCUCUGCCCCCCAGAACCCCGAGGCCCCCAGGGAGGGACUUCUCAUGGGCUGGCCCCCAAAUGCGGGUCCAGCAGCUUCCGCCCCCUCCAUCCUGAGAACGGAGAGCCAGCCAAGCGGGGACAGGGGUCCGUGUCCACCCCCGUAUGUGUCUUUCUGUAAAUAACCUGCACUGAUUAAACCGUAUGGCCGGCGA